AUGACCGAAGCUGACCCCAAUCCCAAUGGGGACUACGACCUCGACAACCCUAUAACAUCCACCUCCGGCCUCCGCCAAGGCCUAACAUCCUACGGCGACGCCCACUUCUCUCUCUUCCUCCGCAAAGUAUUUAUCAAAGCAUUGGGAUAUUCCGAAGAUGCCCUUUCCAGACCCAUUAUUGGCAUUAUCAACACGUUUUCGGGUUUCAAUCCCUGUCACGCCAAUGUACCUCAACUUAUCGAAGCUGCUAAACGCGGCGUGCACCUAAAUGGUGGAUUGGCGGUGGAAUUUCCGACUAUUAGUGUUCAUGAAUCGUUUUCUCAUCCGACGAGCAUGUUUUUAAGAAAUUUGAUGAGUAUGGAUACUGAGGAGAUGAUUAAGGCGCAGCCUUUGGAUGCGUGUAUUAUGAUUGGAGGCUGUGAUAAAACUGUUCCCGCGCAGUUGAUGGGCGGAAUUUCAGCUAAUAAGCCGAUUCUCCCGCUGAUCACAGGCCCAAUGCUACCGGGUAGUCAUCGUGGUCAGAGGAUCGGAGCAUGCACUGAUUGCCGUAAUAAUUGGGCGGCAUUUCGGGCUGGUGAAAUUGAUGUUGAAGAGAUUGCUGCUAUCAAUGAGGAGCUUGCACCAACAAUCGGCACCUGUGGCGUUAUGGGAACCGCCAGCACCAUGGCGUGCGUCACUGCAGCGCUAGGAAUGAUGCCUCUCCGAGGUGCAUCUGCCCCAGCCGUGUCUUCUGCUCGACUGCGAAUCGCGGAGGAGACUGGGGCGAACGCAGUUGCGGUUGCAAAAGCUCAUAAGAAGCCUCAGGAGAUAUUGACCAAGGAGUCGUUCUUGAAUGCGAUUACUGUGUUGCAAGCGAUAGGUGGAUCAACCAAUGCUGUUGUCCAUCUAUUGGCUAUCGCCAACAGACAUCCAGAUCUGCAAGGAGUGAUAACCUUGCAAACCAUUGAAGAGAUUGGCAAGAAGACACCACUAUUGAUCGAUCUAAAGCCAAGUGGAGAUAAUUACAUGAACGAUUUUCACAAUGCAGGGGGUAUGAUGGCGCUGUUACAAGUUCUCAGGCCAUUGCUUCAUUUGUCUGCGAAAACAAUCAGUGGGCAGACUUUAGGGGAAGUUCUGGAUGCAGCCUCGACCAAGAGUCUUUCCUUCGAGCAGCAUAUCAUUCGACCACUUUCGAAUCCUCUUUAUCCCGCGUCUUCUCUGGCCGUUCUCUAUGGCAAUCUUGCUCCUAAUGGUGCAGUGGUCAAAGCAUCGGCAUCAAAAUAUCGAUCCUUGCUCUCACACACGGGCCCAGCGGUGGUGUUUGAGAAUUCCGCGGAUCUCGCCCUCCGGAUCGACGAUCCAGAACUUGCGGUCACGAAGGACAGCGUGUUAGUUCUCAAGGGUAUUGGCCCAAUUGGCAAUCCGGGUAUGCCUGAAGCAGGCCUGAUUCCAAUUCCCAAGAAACUGGCUGCAGCAGGCCUGAAGGAUAUGCUGCGUUUGUCUGAUGGACGUAUGUCGGGUACUGCUGGCGGUACGAUCAUUCUCCAUAUCUCACCCGAAGCAGCGCUGCCUGGGUCACCGUUUGGAGCAGUCGAGACGGGUGACUUUAUUACCUGCGAUCUCGAGAAUCGAAGACUUCAUCUUGACGUCUCAGAUGAGAUCCUAAAAUCUCGGAUUGAGGAACGAAAGCAAAUUUUAGAAAGUGAAUCGGGACCAGUUCGAGCGAGGCAGCAGAGAAGAGGGUAUCGGGGCUUGUAUGAGCGGUCGGUGAACCAAGCGCAUGAGGGGACUGACUUUGACUUUCUCACUGCCAACGGUGUUUCGGGGCAGUGA